GCGUGCAAGCGUGCAAUACUGAUUUUGACUGUCCCGAUGUACAGAAAUGUUGUGGCAAUGGCUGCGGAAAAGUCUGCAUGAAACCAACGCAGAUACAGACACCGACAGGCCCAUGCUUCACCAAGCUUGCGGAAGUGGAUGCCCAAUACGCCGCCGCCAACGGAUAUAUUACGGGACUUGAGAGACCCAUUUGUGAUUCUUUUGGUACCUUCAAUGGGACGCAGUACCUAGGCUCCCAAGCUUUCUGUGUCGCUCCCGACGGCUCUCAAAUUGCUGGUUUCAUGGUCAACAGGUGGGAGGCCGUUGACAUGGACUGCAAGUGCGCACGUGACAUGAACGCCUACCAGAACACAGGAAUCAUUGGUCUGAAGUUCUCAUGUGAUCGCUUCGGAAACUACGCUCGCACCGGAUGCUACGGUUCGGUUUGCUAUUGUCAGGAUCGCAGCGGAAACCCCAUCGGAGAUGCUCGGGUCAAUAUUGAAACGUUGGGCACUCUCAAAUGCUAGAGGAUCGGGUUUUAUGUCAUCUUGGAAUCUCUUGUCUAUGUUGAUUAGUUUUUUAAGCAUAAGCACAUAAUAUUGAGUUUAAUAUUGAUUAAUGACAAUUUAAAGAUAGUAGGUGAUUUUUCCUUUUUCCCGAUGUAUUUUCCCUUUCAAUUUUAAAAUAGUUUUACAAAUUGGUUUCAAAUGAA